AUGUCUUCCUCCUCAUCAAGCCACAAGGACGAGCGACGUGCUGAAGAAUUUUCCAAUCUUGUACAACAAUUUAACCAAAUUGUUCAAGAUAUUGGUGAUCCAGAAGAGCAACCUCGUCGUCGGCGACGAAGCGCGCGGAAGAAGGCUUUCAUUCGUCAGGACCGUGAAGCCGGCGCUGUACGUUUGCACGCGGAUUACUUUGAUGAAAAUCCAGUCUACCCCGACAACAUCUUCCGCCGCCGUUUUCGGAUGCGUCGUGCGUUGUUUUUGCGCAUCAUUAAUGCCGUCGCCUCCGAUCCAUACUUCCAACAACGCAUGGAUGCACUUGGGAGGCCCGGCUUCACGCCAUUGCAAAAAUGCAUUGUCGCUGUUCGUAUGCUAGCUAACGGUGGGGCAGCGGACCAAUACGACGAGUAUCUCUGGAUUGCAGAGUCCACAGCGUUGGAGUGCUUGCGGAGAUUCAGUCGUGCCAUUAUUCAACUCUUCGGCGCGGAGUACUUGAGGAGGCCGACUUCCGCUGACUGCCAACGGCUUCUAGCAAUGCACGAAGCGAAGCACGGCUUCCCGGGAAUGCUAGGGAGCCUUGAUUGCAUGCAUUGGGCGUGGAAGAAUUGUCCCAACGGCAUGGCAAGGCGCAUACACUCGCGGCGAUCAGGGGGAACCGACCAUCAUCCUCGAAGUUGUCGCCUCGCAAGAUCUAUGGAUCUGGCAUGCUUUUUUUGGGACUCCUGGUUCGAACAAUGA